AGGCAGCCAAUCAAGGAUUCUCUCUCAUCACUGAUGUUUCUCUCUUUUCCUCUCCCUUCCUCUCUGAAAUCAAAAUAUAUCUUAAAAAACUGUUUAGCAUUAAGUUGUAAAGGUUUAUUUAACAGUCGUCUAUUUCCAUUCCCCUUUUCUUGCCUUCACUUAAGAAUACCUAUCUAAUGGAAAGAUUUCCAAGAAAAUGUUAAAAUGCAAAAACUGAGAUGAACAGUGUUUAUUUUAGAAUAAGCUAUUUUUAUAUUAAAAGGGGAGAGAAUAGGAAUCUUUAUAUUUGCAUGUUUACUCGUAAAGAUACUCUGAAAGUACAUAUAAGAAACAUUAAUCAGUGGUUACAGAUUGGGAGAGAAUGGGCAGAUGAAGAAUGAGAUGGGAGGAAGAUACAGUAUGCCUUUUAUUUUUAAAAAAUAUAUUUUUAUUGAUUUCAGAAAGAAAGUGGGAGGAAGACAUAGAAACAUCAAUGAUGAGAAAGAAUCAUUGAUUGGCUGCCUGCUUCAUGCCCCCUACUAGGGAUCAAGCCCACAACCUGGGCAUGUGCCAUGACUGGGAAUUGAACCAUGACCUCCUGGUUCAUAUGUCUACGCUCAACCACUAGCCUCGCUGACCAGGCUACAAUUAAAGAAGCUGAUUGACCAAGAAACGGAAUCCCAGGAGAAAAAGGAGCAAGAAAAGGAGAAGAGGGUCACCGCCUUGAAAGAGGAGUUGACCAAACUGAAGUCUUUUGCUUUGAUGGUGGUAGAUGAACAACAAAGGCUGACAGCACAGCUUGCCCUUCAAAGACAAAAAAUCCGAGACCUAACCACAAGUACGAAGGAAACACAUGCUAAACUAGCCCUUGCUGAAGCCAGAGUUCAGGAAGAAGAGCAGAAGGCAACCAGACUAGAGAAAGAACUGCAAACGCAGACCACAAAGUUUCACCGGAACCAAGAAACAAUUAUGGCAAAGCUCACCAAUGAGGACAGCCAAAAUCGCCAGCUUCGCCAAAAGCUGGCAGCACUCAGCCGGCAAAUUGAUGAGUUAGAAGAAACGAACAGAUCUUUACGAAAAGCAGAAGAGGAGCUCCAAGAUAUAAAAGAAAAAAUCAACAAGGGAGAAUAUGGAAACUCUGGUAUCUUGGCCGAGGUGGAGGAGCUCAGGAAACGAGUGCUAGAAAUGGAAGGGAAGGAUGAAGAGCUCAUAAAAAUGGAGGAGCAGUGCAGAGAUCUCAAUAAGAGGCUCGAAAAGGAAACAUCACAGAGUAAAGACUUUAAACUCGAGGUUGAAAAACUCAAUAAAAGGAUUAUGGCUCUGGAAAAAUUAGAAGAUGCUUUCAACAAAAGCAAACAAGAAUGUUACUCUCUGAAAUGCAACUUAGAAAAAGAAAGGAUGACCACAAAGCAGUUGUCUCAAGAACUGGAGAGUUUAAAAGUAAGGAUCAAAGAGCUAGAAGCCAUUGAAAAUCAGCUGGAAAAGACAGAAUUCACCCUAAAAGAAGAUUUAACUAAACUGAAAACAUUAACUGUGAUGCUAGUAGAUGAACGGAAAACAAUGAGUGAAAAAUUAAAGCAAACUGAAGAUAAGUUACAAGCUGCUUCUUCUCAGCUUCAAGUGGAGCAAAAUAAAGUGACAACGGUUACUGAGAAGUUAAUUGAGGAAACUAAAAGGGCACUGAAGUCCAAAACUGAUGUGGAAGAAAAAAUGUACAGUAUAACCAAGGAGAGAGAUGAUUUAAAAAACAAAUUGAAAGCAGAAGAGGAGAAAGGAAAUGAUCUUCUGUCCAAAGUUAAUAUAUUGAAAAAUAGGCUUCAAUCAUUGGAAGCAGUGGAGAAAGAUUUCCUAAAAAACAAUUUAAAUCAAGAUUCUGGUAAGUCCACAACAACAUUACACCAAGAAAACAAUAAGAUUAAAGAGCUCUCUCAAGAAGUAGAAAAACUGAGACUGAAGUUAAAGGAUAUGAAAGCCAUUGAGGAUGACCUCAUGAAAACAGAAGAUGAAUACGAGACUCUAGAACGAAGGUAUGCUAAUGAACGAGACAAAGCUCAAUUUUUAUCUGAAGAGCUGGAACAUGUUAAAAUGGAACUUGCCAAGUACCAGUUGGCAGAAAAGACAGAGUCUAGCCACGAACAAUGGCUUUUCAAAAGGCUUCAAGAAGAAGAAGCUAAAUCAGGGCAUCUCUCAAGAGAAGUGGAGGCACUGAAAGAGAAAAUUCAUGAAUACAUGGCAACUGAGGACCUGAUAUGUCACCUCCAGGGAGACCAUUCAGUCCUGCAAAAGAAACUCAAUCAACAAGAAAACAGGAACAGAGAUUUAGGAAGAGAGAUUGAAAACCUCACUAAAGAGUUAGAGAGGUACCGGCAUUUCAGUAAGAGUCUACGGCCUAGUCUCAACGGAAGAAAAAUCUCUGACCCUCAAGUGUUUUCUAAAGAAGUUCAAACAGAAGCAGCAGACAAUGAACCGCCUGAUUACAAGAGUCUCAUUCCUCUGGAACAGGCAGUCAUCAAUGGUCAGUUUUAUGAGGAGAGUAAGGACCAGGAAGAGGAUCCAAAUGAGGAGGAAUCUGUGCUGUCCUUCAAGUGCAACUCAUCUACUCCCUGUCCUAUUAACAGGAAGCUAUGGAUUCCUUGGAUGAAAUCCAAGGAGGGCCAUCCUCAGAAUGGAAAAAUACAAACUAAACCCAAUGGCAACUUUGUACAACCUGGAGAUCUAGUCCUAAGCCACACACCUGGGCAGCCACUUCAUAUAAAGGUUACUCCAGACCAUAUCCAAAACACAGCCACUCUUGAAAUCACAAGUCCAACCACAGAGAGUCCUCACUCUUACACAAGCACUGCAGUGAUACCAAACUGUGGCACCCCAAAGCAAAGGAUAACUAUCCUCCAGAACGCCUCCAUAACACCAGUGAAAUCCAAAACCUCUGCCGAAGGCCUCAUGAAUUUAGAGCAAGGCAUGUCCCCAAUUACCAUGGCAGCCUUUGCUAGAGCACAGACCCCAGAGUCUUGUGGUUCCAUAACUCCAGAAAGGACAAUGUCACCUAUUCAGGUUUUGGCUGUGACUGGUUCAGCGAGCUCUCCUGAGCAGGGACGCUCCCCAGAGCCACUAGAAAUCAGUGCCAAGCACGCGAUUUUCAGAGUCUCUCCAGACAGGCAGUCAUCAUGGCAGUUUCAACGUUCAAACAGUAAUAGCUCAAGUGUGAUAACUACUGAGGAUAAUAAAAUCCACAUUCACUUAGGAAGUCCUUACAUGCAAGCUGUAGCCAGCCCCGUGAGACCUGCCAGCCCUUCAACACCACCGCAGGAUAACCGAACUCAAGGCAUAACUAAUGGGGCACUAAACAAAACAACCAAUAAAGUCACCAGCAGUAUUACUAUCACACCAACAGCCACACCUCUUCCUCGACAAUCACAAAUUACAGUAAGUAAUAUAUAUAACUGACCCUCGUCCAGUCUAUACUGAUAUUAUUGCAAGGAACUCAGUCUUCUUUAAUUAUCCUCCACAUCCCCCAAAGACUGACUGAACUUGUACUUUGGGAAGGUUUGUGCAUGAACUAUUCAACAGUACCUGAAACUAACUGUUGCCUGCAUAAUCAUAUCAAGUGUGCACUUACUGUAUAUCUUUUCAUUUACAUACCUGUAUGGAAAAUAUUUAAUCUGCACUUGUAUAAAUACAUCUUUAUGUAUUUUAUUUUCCAUAACUCACAUUAAUUUGAUUGCAACUUGUCUUGGUGAAAUACCUUAACAUUAUAAAGCAGUAAAUAAUUUGUUAUUUUUA